ACCCAGCAAGGAGGAACAGGAUCAACACAGGACAAGCAGAGAGAGCACCCACUGCUGUCCAGGCUACUAAAAGCAGUGAUCCAUAUUACAGCGACCUACCAGCAGCGUACACACAGAAGACCUGUCACUUCCCACAGAGCAGCCUGGAGACAAGCCACGGCACCAUUCCUGGCAAAUUGA